UUCUUUGAAAACGUAGAGAAAAUUCCGCCUCUUUUGAAUUGCAUUGUUAAACUUCACAGGCUGAUACGGAAAUUCUGAUAAUUGUGAUUUAUCUGAUAUAUCAUUGAUCUUGAGAGAGAAUGGUGUGAAAUUUUAUCUAUUUUUGUCUGGAUCAAUCUAGAAUUAUGAGUAGAGAUUGCUACGCGACUGUCAAAUAAUCAUGGGAUUGCUACUCUUUUCUUUUUUUCAUUUAAUGACUUGUGUCUUUGAAAUUACUAUGAUCAUCGGCUGCAGUGAUUCUACUGUGCGGGAGCUCUGGUAUAUUAUAAUCUAGGACCAUCACCCAAGGCAUUAUCUUGGCAUGGGAGUUGUGACUGUUUCUAGCUCAGCUGCUCGGACACCACUAGGAUUGAGCACCAAAGUUUCGACUAGUCGCUUCUCAAUGAAAAGGCCUUCGGUUGUUGCAUUUAAAGCUGAUAAAUCCGAUAACACCACCCUGAUAGCGUCAAAUGAGCAAAUUCCGUUGCACAUAGAAAGACCUAAAGAGCAUCAAAAGAAAGUAGGACGAUCUAGCAAACCUACAAAAAGGGUAAAAUCAAUCUCUGCCAAUGAAGUUUCUCCGAAUAGCUGGGAAGUGGACUACAAUGAGGCCGCUGCCAAACUUGAAAGUAUUUACAAGCUUUGCCCCACAGUUGAAACUUCUGACCUGGAACAUGUUGAUGGUGUGAAGAGGAGAGGCCGUAGGAGAAAGAAGAGCGGUGAAGAUGACAUAGUGGUCGUCAGAACUAGUAAAAUCGUUGUCAGGAGCCGGGAAAGGAAGGCAAAGCGAUUGGAUCUUGAUAAAAGGAUUGCAUUGGGAAAGAGGAAAGAAGAGUUAGUGGAGGCAAUUGCUUCAGUUCGGAAGAGAAAAGAUGGUAAGGACGAACCUGAGAAGAUUGAACAGCUGGUAAGGGGGUAUUCCGGUGCAACUGAGUUGGGAAGCUUGGACUGGAAGAGGAUGAAAAUACCUCCUGUUCUUCCUUCCACUGAGCAUGUUUGGUUGUUCAAGUUGAUGCAACCUAUGAAGGCACUCUUUAAAGGGAAAGAGGGGUUGGGACCAACGUUCGGAAGAGAACCAACUGAAGGUGAAUUAGCUGAGGCAACAAAUAUGAGUGUUUUCCAACUAAGAAAACAGAUAGAGGUCGGUCAAGCUGCAAGAAACAAACUCAUUAAGCACAACCUCCGGCUUGUAUUAUUUGUUAUGAACAAAUAUUUUCAGGACCUUGCAAAUGGCUCCAAAUUUCAAGACCUUUGUCAGGCAGGAGUGACGGGGCUUAUUACAACAAUUGAUCGCUUUGAACCGGGGAGAAAGUUGCGGCUGUCCACUUAUGGAUUGUUUUGGAUAAGGCACACGAUUAUUCGUUCGAUGACGCUCUCAAGCUUUCAGCGCGUCUCAUUUGGCCUUCAAUCUGUUAGACUUGAGAUCCAGAGAGCUAAACUUGAGCUGUUGAUUGAGCUCCAAAGAGAACCAACGGAGGAAGAAAUAAUCAAGAAAGUAGGGAUUUCGCCUAAGAGGUACCGAGAAGUGAUUAGGGCAUCAAAAGCUGUCCUCUCUCUUCAUUCAAGGCAUGCCACUACCCAAGAAGAGUUUAUCAAUGGAAUUACUGACUUUGAAGGGGAUAAUCAAAGACAACCUGCUCUUCUCAGGCUUGCUCUUGAUGAUGUGCUCGAUUCUCUGAAGCCAAAGGAGAGCUUGGUGAUCAGACAGAGAUAUGGUCUUGAUGGUAAAGGCAACAGAACAUUGGGAGAGAUUGCGGGGAACCUAAACAUCUCGCGAGAAAUGGUUCGGAAGUAUGAGGUUAAGGCACUGAUGAAACUCAAGCAUCCUACUAGAGUGCAAUAUCUCUGCCGAUACAUUGUCUGAAGACAUCAAAUCGUGUCGAUGUUCUUCGAACGAACAUGUAGUAUUUUCUUGGAGGAGCACAGAAUGCGUCUGAUUCAAGAAAGGGAAUGUCAGGUUCCUCUAAUUUUUGAAGAACAGAGGAGAAGAACUAUAAAAGCAGAGGAACCUAAAGCAGGGUCUUCCCCUGCCCCAACUCCUUACAAGGAUGUGCUUAUCUGUCAAUCUAAGAACAAUUUUUUUUUUUUUUACAGAUAAUUAGCUUUGA